CGGUAGUCAGGCGUCUGGUAGGUAUUCUCAAGUUACAUGAGACCCAAUCUCGCGAGAGCCGAACUCUUCGCUGCUAAACUCUUCGCCACUGUGCCUCCCCAUCCCCUCACUGGAGUCACUACUGUACUGUAGUUGAUAAGCUCCUGCUGGGGGGAAUCGGGGGCCCUCAGAACCCCAGAGCUAUGUCCUAGCCUUUCGAGAGGAGUCACGAAUUGAAUGCGUGAUGCACAUUGUGAACCCGCGUGGCAACCCGAGGUUCUUUCUGCUGUAGCGAUCUUCAUUGCCCCGGCAACAGUCGUAAACAACACCGUGACAUCGUGAAGCUCGGAUCAGCGUCUCGAUGCGUGAAUUUACAUGGGAUAGUGAAUGAAGCGAAGAUAGAAAACAAUCCCAAACGAAUAUACACCUAUUGGAAAAAUGCAUUCAUCCUCAAAUUCUUGGUAUAGAAUCGACUUUUUGUUCCAUCUGAGGUUGUUUUUUUUCCUUUUAGAGCAUCUCUGUGGAAGUGGAUUGAUGCUUAAUUCUUUCAUUUGCAUAAAAUGUUCUGGACACUAUUUAAUUAUAAUGUACAGUACUGAAAUAAUUUUACAUCAGUUCCGUUUAUACGAGGUGCUUGUGGAACUUGUAGUUGGUUGCGUAUUCAUUACAUACAGAGCAAUCAUGAUAAAAAAUAAAUUUGCAGUCCGCUUUAGGAAUGGAGGCAUGCAUUGCAAAAAAUCAGCCUUGGAAGGCAGAUAGAAUUAAUCAUGAGACCAGUAGUCGCUUGAUUUUAAAGUCGGUGUGCUUUUUGUGCGGGGUGCUUUUCAAUUGGGAGAGUCGCUUGCCGUUGUAACAGACGUCUCCUGCCUCUGCCUUGGACAGAAAUAAAGGGAUUCCCCGUAGGAUUGUUCUCUGUCAGUGUUCCGCCGGCCGGCGUAGCAAAGUGGACGCGGAAUCAGGUGCCAACAACAUGUUCCGCACAUUCACUGAUGUAGUCACGCACACCUUGUGCUUUUUGGUGUUCUUUGUCACCUUCAUCCCUUCUCUCUUGUUCUCAAUGCUGUGGAAAUUGAUUGUUCGUGUGCUGCUUUACCUGGAAUACGGCUCCAACGCGGAGCUCAUGGCAGCUUGUGAUGCAGUCAGUGCCCACAAGCCAGCUCCAAGCAAAGAAGGGCUCAUCAACGCUCUAUUUCAUAUACGUGGCUCGAUUCCUUUAAAGGAGAUCCGGAGACGAGUCUCUGAGAAUCUUGUUUGUGCCCAAACCGUGGAUGGAAGGAGUCUUCAUCCACGGCUCAUGCGAAGUGUGCAGUCCAAGUAUGGGCUGUAUGUGUGGACUCAGGCUGAAACCUUUGACCUCCACUGGCAUGUGGACUACUUCCGGGACGAAGCUGGGACCAAAGUGACGUACAAGAACCGUGAAGACCAGUUGGAUGUUAUUCAGAAGAUUAUAAAUGCCCCAAUGUUUGAUUCCAAGACGUCUCCAUGGCGUGUUCUGCUAGUGAACAAAGAAGAUGGUAGUGAUUGUAUCCUGAUAUUGCGGUGUCAUCAUAGUAUGUUGGAUGGUGGGGCUGCGUUCAUGGUUGUGUUGCCUGCUGUUGCUGACCAGAUCAAAGGAUCUGAUGGUUUUGGCAACAUCAAGCCUUUGCCCAAGGUUGUGAGGAUGAGGAAUGAAAUGCUUGGCAUGCUCUGUGUGCCCCACAUCAUGUCCAGACAGUUGUGUUUGAGCGACGACAAUCCGCUGAGAUCUGCAGCAAAUGCUGAGGAACCACCAUGUGGCAAGUGGUGUUACUGGAGUGAUCCGAUCCCACUGGCCAAAGUGACAGAAGUGAGGAAGAAGACAAAUGUGAGAUUCAGUGCAGUGCUCAUCACGUGCAUUGGAAGGGCUGUGACCAGGUAUCUGAAGCUACCCGAGGUGGCCAAGACCCACAAGGGAAAUCCGAUGAUCUCGGCUUACCAGGCAGUAUCCAUGUGGACUCGGGAAGAUGUUCCAAGGAUGGAGAACAAGAUUACUGGGAUCGCGUCAGGAAUCACACCGAAUCCCAGCAAAAAUGCUCUGGAACAGCUCUUGGAGGCAAAUGAGAACCAGGAACACUGGCUCAGGCAAGAGUUUCUUUGGGGCAGUUACACUUUUAGCAACCUUACAACAAAUACAGUGCCACAUGUGAUUCCUGAGAAAUUUAUCAUUCCUUGGUUGCUGGGAGGAGUGACAAUGUUUGUGAGCUCUGCUAUGGGCCCUUCCAACUUCUUCACUGUCAAUGGAAAUGAAGUCUACAGUUUGACUGGGAUCAUGCCUCUUCCACCCACUACCUGUCUUGGAUUUAUUCUGCUGAGCUAUGGGGACAAGCUAGCUGUGUCUGUGACUGGACGCAAGUAUGCGUUUCCUGAGCUAGAAGACCUGAAGAAGUUGGACACCAUGCUGCAUGAGGAGUUUGACAUCCUACACAAGGCCAUUGUGGCCCAGGAUUGA